AUGGCUGAUAUUGAUUCAAUUUUGAAUCGAUUGAAAACAUUGGAGGAUGAGCUCCAAAAGUCCAACCAAUUGAAUAGACAGCUAGAAUCUCUUGUGGUGGUGCUCACCCAAAAAGUUGAACAACUUGAAACUAAAAUCACAGAUAUCCAAUCCAUAUCAAGAGAAUCAAAUUCAUCUACUACUAGUUCUGGAAGUGAUUCAACUACAACUCCACCAUCUACUUCGACAGCUAUCAAUUUGAAUCCAAACGUCAGCGUUCCUCCAAUACCAACAAAGAAUCUAAUUACACCAAGCUUCACUGUACCAAAUUCAUUUACUUCAUUGCUACAACAAAGUCAACAACUAACAAGUGUUACAAAUUCACCACCUGUCAGUCAAAAUGCAACACCAGAAACCAAUUCACCAACAUUGGCUGGAUUGUCACCACCUGUUACUCCCAACUCACAAUCGGCUACACCAAACUCACAGCCAGCUUCACAACCAACCACUCCAACAUCGAAGGAAAUAGGUUCACCCAUUCUUAGAAAGUUUGUUUUGGGUGGAACACGUGCCUUCAAGAAAGAACCAUCGAUGGAUCAGAUCGGACUUUAUGCGCCACCAACUUCACCAAAAGUUUCCAAGCGAACCUCUCAAAACUAUGAUGAAGAGAAUAAGGGUGAGAAUAACGAUGUUACCCAUUCUCAGAUACUUAGAUUCCAAAUGCCAGAGUUGCCAGAGCGUUGUGAGUGGGCGAUUGCCUAUGAAUACAACGCAGCGGAUGACGAGUGGACACGAGGAAUUAUCGCAGUACACAUGGAGUCGCGUGCAUUUGCUUCGGGUGCACUGAGAAAUGCACACAAACUCACCAUCAAGAAGAAUCCAGUGAUAUAUUCUGCCAAUUUCAAUAGUCCCAAUCAUGUCAAGUAUGAAGAAGGUAAGCGUGUCAAUCAAAUGAAGUUACCACGUCUGUUUGGACCCGUAGAUACUACUUAUGUUGCGAAAAUAUCAAAGACCGAUGUAAACUUUGAGCGAUAUUUCGAGGAUGUAAAGAUGCAGAUGUUGUGCAAAGAACUUGGUGCGCGAUACAACGACAACAAUCCACCAAAGAAUAUUGAUUUCCUUAAUGCAUGGGUAAUUGAAAUUCAAAAACAAAACGGCCAAUCACUUCUUUGUGGUCUAGAGAUGUUCAUGGAAGGAGAGUUUAAGAAACAAAACUCCAAUUUCGGUACUGUUUUCUCCGAUAGAAAUACUCCACAGGCUUUCAGUCAUUUCACUUAUGAAGCAUCUGCGCAUCAUCUUUUAGUAGUAGAUAUUCAGGGUGUAGACGACCACUAUACAGAUCCACAGAUUCACACCAAGGAUGGUGUUGGUUAUGGAGCAGGUAAUCUCGGUGAGAAAGGAAUGGAGCGUUUCAUAAAGACACACAAAUGUAAUCCAAUUUGUAUACAACUGGAUCUUCCACCUAUUGGAGUUGAUCUUACAGAUUCCAGAAAUAUCACUAGAGUUAUUAGAGGAACUAUGGCUCUACCUGACUUGGUUGCCGAUUUGGACAAGCAUCCAUAUCCUUCGUUGGCACCGGAAUCUAUCAAUUUUGACUCGAUGGAACUGGCGAAUAUCAGUACUCUCUCUGGACACUCUGAUAACCUGACUGCACUUAUCAUAUCAGAGGACAAGAAGAAACUAUACUCUGGUUCGGCAGAUGGAACAUUAAAGAUCUGGAAUUUAGAGACACAGAGCUGUAUAGAAACCAACAGAGCAGGACAUCGCAAAGCCAUCACAGCCAUCUGUCUGACCAACGAUUCUUACAUAACAGCAUCGGCUGAUCAAUCAAUCAAGAUAUGGGAUAAAUCAAACAAUGAAUUGAAACACAAGUUGGAGGAACAUACCAAUGAUGUCAACUCUAUCUGUAUAUCAAAAGAAAAGAAUUUAUUAUUUAGUUGUUCAUCUGAUAAAUCAAUAAGAGUAUGGGAUUUAAAUACAUUUAAAUGUAUUAAAGUUUUAACUGCACAUUCAAAGAGUGUGAAAUCGAUUGUUGUCAGUGGAAAAUAUUUAUUUAGUGCAUCGAGUGAUGAGACUAUAAAGGUGUGGGAUAUAGAGAUGUUAGUUUGUAUAUAUGGAAUUAGUGAUGCACACGAAGGUUGGAUCACCAAGUUGGCUUUGAAUAACACUGGAUUCUUGGUAUCUGGAUGCAGAGACGGAACUCUAAAGCUUUGGAAUCUCUCAACUUUUAUGCCAAUCUCGACGCACGAGGAGAACCGUGAGGCUAUCACCGAUAUCAUUGUCACCGAGAGAUAUAUCUUUGUGGCAUCGGAGGACUCCACCAUCAAGAUAUGGGACACCAUCGACAUUGCAAACGGUGGACAACUCAAAUGUAUAUACUCAAUGCGUGCACACAGAUCUGCCAUCUUCACUUUGGAAACCGAUGGAAAAUAUUUAUAUACCGGUGGUUCCGAUAAUAAUAUUAAAUCAUGGCAAUGGAAAAACAAAUAA